AUGGCAGAACGACAGGCAUCAAAGGAGGCAUCACGGACCGAUACGAUCUACAACCUCAAUCGCGGGGAUGUUGACGGCGAGCGCGAGCGCCUGGCAGACAACCACUUCAAAGUCUGGCUGCCCCUCACCGUCGACCUCCUCCCGCCGCACAUCCUCUCAUCUCUCGAAACAGCAAACCUAGGCCGAGCCCCCCGAAUCGCAGACGUAGCAACGGGAAGCGGUAUAUGGCUGAUAUCCCUUGCCCAGAUCAUCCCGCAGGGCUCGGAACUCUACGGCUUUGAUCUCGACGGGCUCAAAAUGCCCCAGUCGCAAAGAUCAGAAGUAUCGUUCAACUUCAUGGAGCACGACGUUCUCAAGCCAUUUCCGGCGGAGCUCAGGGGCACGUUCGAUCUCGUCCAUGUAAUUCUCAAGCCAUUUCCGGCGGAGCUCAGGGGCACGUUCGAUCUCGUCCAUGUAAGACUGCUCGCACUAGGAUUGAAGAAGGACGACUGGGACGUCGCUGUUACAAACAUGCGCGAGUUGUUGUUGCCGGGCGGGUGGCUUCUCUGGGAGGACAUGAGUGACCUAUUCAUCAGAUUCUAUCCGCUGAGCAGGGCGUAUGAAGAGUUCUGGUGGGUUACCAUGCAGCACGACGCGAAGGUCGGGAGGGAUAGACUAAUGCCGAUGGGCCUGCUCAAAAAGCUCAAGAAACUGGGGUUCCAGAACUGCGAGCAAAAGAUCUUCAACUCGUGGGCCGCAGAUGAUUCCGUACGAGACGAAGCUACUUCGGGGAUCAUGCACGGCGGGGAGGAGACGGUCAAUACGAUGGAGGAUGUCACUCGCAUCGAGGCAGAGUUGAAGCGGGAUGUGGAGGAAAAGGGGUGUCGAGUUGGCUUUGAUUUCGUGUGGAACUGGGGACAGCGAGCUUGA